UUGACUCAUUUUUUGACGUUUGUCAAUAUUUUUCUUAAUUAUUUUUGUUAUCAAAACACAAACCCGGAAUACUCCUAUUUGUUAAGACUAUGGGUGAUUUUGAGUGGCCUUGGGAAUACAAUUUUCCUCCCUUUUUCACAAUUCAACUGCAUGGAAAAACCAGAGAACUGCAACUGUCGGUGUGGGCUGGUCUUGUCCUCAAAUAUUUCCGUCAUAACCGGGAAACACAGUUUACAAUUGGCGACGAAAGUGUUCUGUUCGCAAACCAGCAAAUCCAACGAAAACUGUCCAACGACGGAAUCCAAUUGAUUCUGGAAGAAUUGGAAAAGUCCGGCAAUGCUGCACCGGUCGAUAAGAAGAAGUUGCAGUGGGAAAUUUAUUGGCAUCCAUUGGACGAAUGGGGCAACAUAAUUUACAAAUGGGCAUCGGACAACGGUAUGGCGAACACGGUGUGCACAUUGUUUGAGAUCAGUCAAGGAGAGAAUUCGGUUGAUGAGGAAUUUUACGGUUUGGACCAGAGCGUGUUGGUGAAAGCUUUAAAGACGUUGCAAGCGAAACAGAAGUGUGAAUUGUUCGAUGACCAGGAGGGAGUGAAGUUCUUUUGAGCGAUUGUGAUGUGUGUGAUGGACCGGGUGGUUGUUUUAUAAUUUAAUUUAAAUAAAAAUUUAUUUCCGUAAAA